AUGCGGAAGUGCAGUUUGUUGGCUCGGACGGCCUCUACCGACAGGUGUCAGGCCACGGCCACCAAACCGACGGCCGGACGAGGCUGCGGCGUAGUGCCGCAGGGGCCCCGCCCGCUACCUCCGAGGCCGAUCCCGGUGACACCGUGCUAUCGCUCUGUGUUCCACACCCCAGCCACUCCUCAGGUGAUACACCAGGAAGGCGGUUUCUGUCAUGCUCAUGAGGCGACACCGGCCCCACGGAGCCCCUACAGAGUUCAGGAGCCUCUCCUGAGCCGGAAUCCGGAGCCCUGUAGCCCAGGCCCUCGCGCACCGCGGUCUCCCCCGCGGAGUACGUCUGAGCUGCCCUUCUCUGGCCCGGCCCGCGACACUGGGAGUGUGGCUGAGGCCGCGGCAGCGUCCUUCGCCCCCCGGUCACUGCAGGUUCCGAGCGGUGUGGGUCGGCUCGAUCGACGCCGGCGCGAAGAGGACGACGGUGGGCACACGCCACUCCAGGAGCACAGGUCUGUGGCUGGGCCAUCAAGGACCCCCACACGGGCGCCCUCUGCAAACAGCCGGGGUGUAGAGCGGACCUACGAUGCACCGAAGGUCCGGACUCGCUCCAUUGAUGUUGCACGUGGCAUCACCUUUAACGGCAGCAACUCUGACCGAGUCGCCAUAGCACGACGAGGGCAAGCUGCGCAGAGGCCUCCACCUGUUGAGGACGACUGCGCAGAGUACUCCGAUCGCUUCCUCCCAGGCUACGAGAAGACACAGCUCUUGGGCCGUGGUGCUUGUGCCGUUGUCUGGCUUGCCGUGCCCAGCGGCUCCCGGACCCCUGUGGCGAUCAAACAGGUUGCCAAGGGCACCACUGGCAAGAAGAAGUCCGACACCGACGCGGCGAGGAAGGAGAUCCUGUUUGGCUCCUACUUCUUUGAGGCCGGGGGCGAACCAAAGGUGUCGCCGAAGCAGAAUCCAGGCAUCGCUCACAUUGCGAAGCUCCUGGACUAUGUGGAGACGAAGCGCGACAUUUGGAUGGUCAUGGACUGA